AUGCCCCGUCAGCCGCGGCCGAUGGAGGCGAUGGAGGCGCCGCUCAACCUGGCCCAUCAGCAGAGCAGAAAAGCUGACCGUUGGCUGGCCGUGGGGAAGUAUGAGGAAGCCGUUUCGUGUCACCGAAAGGCAGCAGCGUAUCUUCUGGAAGCUAUGAAGUUGACUCAGUCAGAUCAGGCCCAAUUAUCCCUGGAACUGCAAAGGGAGAGUCACCUGAAACAGAUCCCCCUCAUCCAAGAGCAAUGGAAAAGAGCGAAAAGGGACGAAAGAUUAAAAAUCCGCCCUCUUAUGGACAAAGAGAGCACGGCCCAUGUGCAGAGCUCCUCUAAGGCCUCAGCUGGGGAACCUGAUGACCAACACGGAACGCCUGCCAGCCUCAAGUACAGGCCCUCCUUGGAGAAGGAAAUGAAGGGGUUCCGAGGGGUCUUGGACAGGGAUCCAGACACAUUGCUCUUUCUGCUUCAGAAGAGGAAGGAGCCGCCUCUGGAAGUGUGUAUGAACAACAGACCUCCAAAGGAUGACAAGAUGAAAAUGGAGGAGCAGGCCACCAAAAUUGCAGUCCUAGAACAGCACGUGGAGAUGCUGUUUGCUGAAAAUGAGAGACUGAGACGGGAGAACCAGCAGUUAAAAGCUGAGAGAGCCAGGCUGCUAAAGUCUCCCCUGGAAAAGGAGCUGGAUGCAGAUGCUGACUUUGUGGAAAAGUCAGAGCUGUGGGGUCUCCAGCAGCUUUCGGAAACUGCCACUGCCGCCGCCGCCACCCCCUGGCAGAAAUUGGCUGUCAGUGCUGGGAAGGCCAAGGACAUUCCCAUCCCCAGCCUUCCACCCUUGGACAUUCCCUCCCCGGAGUUCCCUCUGGUGGAGCUCUCGGAGGAUCUCCUGAAGGGGCUCAUGAACAGCUAAAGGAGGAAGACCACUGGUGGGGAGGUGGGCUCCCCCUGCGCUUUGGGGAAGGGGCACUGCUGAGACAGCCGUAACUGACUUGCUCAGUGAAAAAAAUGCUUUGUGUCACGAAUUGGUGAAGCAAAGGCGGAACCAUUUACCAUCGUUGGUAAAAGCUGAGCCCUCUUUGUUCUUUCUUCAAGCCAAAGGACUGAAGGAGAGAGACUUGAGCCCAAAGUCCUGCAGGGCUCUCUCUCUCUCUCUCUCUCUCUCUCUCUCUCUCAUAUGCAUUGGAUUGCUUUCUUUUAAUUAUGCACAGAAAGUAGUCAACAAUUCUUGUUUCUUUCCCUUUGUAGGAUGGAUCUGUGUGCCACACUUUGCACUUCUAGGGUAAUAUGUAAUUUCAGUCAAUCAGAAGUAAAGCUAAAUUUCCAGAUAUUUUUAAGGACCCAAAUUUAAUUCUGCUGAAAUAGUUUGAUUUGUUUACAUAAUCAGGGUGCUUCAUAAUAUGUUUUCUGUAUAUGAAACAAACAUGGUUCUAAACAAAUAGAUAAGAAUAAUUGUUGUUGCAUGAUAGGAGGGCAUAGUUGACGAAGAAUAAAACGUUCCAGGU